CUCUGGCCCUGCCUUGGACUGGUGUGAUUGGAGGGAAACCCCGUGUACUGCAUUCACACAGACGGGCUGAGAGAAUCAGCUGUAGCUUGGCACGCCGAAAUCACUGCUAUCUGCCAGAACACAGUGAGCAGUCAUGACCGAGGCAGUCCAGAAGGAACAGGUGCAGAAGGCCAAGCUGGCCGAGCAGGCUGAGCGCUACGAUGACAUGGCCGCUGCUAUGAAGGCAGUGACGGAGGAGAACGUCGACCUGACAAACGAGGAGCGCAACCUGCUGUCAGUAGCCUACAAGAAUGUUGUGGGUGCGCGCCGCUCCUCGUGGCGCGUGGUCUCCAGUAUUGAGCAGAAGGCUGACUGCGAAAGUAAGAAGACCAUGGCCAAAGAGUACCGGGAAAAGAUUGAGAAAGAGCUGAAAGAAAUCUGCCAGGACGUGCUGAAUCUCUUGGAAACUUAUCUCAUCGUCAACGCCGCUGUACCGGAGAGCAAAGUCUUCUAUUUGAAAAUGAAGGGAGACUACUUCCGCUACUUGGCUGAGGUGGCUACAGGAGAAGAGAGGAAAACCAUUAUGGAAGACUCAAAGAACGCCUACCAAAAUGCCUUUGAUAUCAGCAAAGAGGAAAUGCAGCCCACGCACCCAAUCCGUCUGGGUCUUGCCCUCAAUUUCUCGGUUUUCUUCUACGAGAUCCUCAACUCACCUGAGAAGGCCUGCAAGCUGGCUAAAGACGCUUUUGAUGAGGCCAUUUCAGAGCUUGAUGCACUGAGUGAAGAUUCGUACAAAGACAGUACACUAAUCAUGCAGCUACUGAGGGACAACCUGACACUGUGGACCUGUGAUAACCAGGCGGAAGCAGAGGAGACAGAGGAGACCAGAGAAUAAGCAAGCACCCCAGUCAUCCUGUCUACCUGCCAUCAUCCCGGUUCAUCUUCAACAUGUCCAUCAACACUGAGACCACCUUAUUAUCAUUGUCGUCCAAAUAUCUCCAUCAUUUUUCUAUUUAGUUCUCCCAACACUCAUCUCAUUCCUGUCGGUUUACUAUUCCUUCUUUUCUAGUAACUGUAGGGGAAGGGGAUGGAGAGGGAGGGUAAGUUUUAAAUUGCUUGGCAGAAGGGUCCUUGUCAAAGGGUAAAGUGUUUGGUUGCUUGUCUGCUAACCUUUUUUUUUUCUUUUUUUUCGGAGGGAGCAAUAGGGUUGUUGCAUUAUUGAGGUGGUGGGUCAGAAUGCAUUUCUAAGCUCAUGAAUCAUGCAACUUCUAGAGUAAGAAACCAACGCUACUGUGUGUGUGCAUCUUCCUCGUGUUAACAGCCCUGUUGUCGACUAACACCGUCUCUCGAUGAUGCACCUCGGCUGCACACACUGUAGGAGACAGCAGCUGUCGGUCCAUGCUUGGCAGGAGGAAUAGAGGGUGGAGGUUAGGAGGCGAGGUUAAGUUGGAACCACAACGGUUACAUUCCAUUUACUGUCAGUUGCUCAACUUUCUACUCUUUGUUUUUGGGUAAACCUGCUUUUGUAUUUCUAUGUAUCGAUUAUGAGGUAUAGAAAAUAUUGAACAAAAGAGCACGCUCGCGUGUUUUUAUGAGCACAGCAGUAUAAAAAAAAUCCACAUGUUUAACUGCUUUAUCAAAUUAAUAUUAUAUUAAGUUUUCAUUUGAUUUGUCUUUUAUUCUCCUUUUUUCAAUACUUGCCUCAACCGCAUGUUAAGAAUUAGUUUGUGGAGAUGUAAGGAUGGUUGUGGUCGGGCGGGCUAGCUUUGUUCAUGUCUUUGGAAUUUUCAUACAGGAUACCCAAGCAUAACUGUUAUUUGGGGCCAUAUGUGUCAUUUCAUGUAAGUGGAAUAAAAAAAUAAUUUAAAAGAUUCAA